AUGGAACAUUCCUCUGGAUCAGUGGCUAGUAUUGCUAAGGUCGGCACAACAGACCGCACCGGGAAAGCCCUACCAGGAAUAGUAAAUAAACGCCUCAGUCGUGGAUAUGCAGCAAACGUCACUGAAUGCGCCCAAUAUUGCGCCAACGCCAGUGUCAAUCUUGCACUUUCAGUACUCGCAUACAACACGUCCAACUCCAAUGUGAAUCGAUAUCCGGCCGUGUUGGCUUUGACCCAUACCCUAUAUGACUUGAAGGGUACGGAAAUAACGGAGAGGGAUCGGUCAGAGUUGCUAGAGCCAUUUCAAGACAUGGGCACAACAAAAGCCGGAACAAGGGGCAAUGCGCGUUCGGCAAGGUCGAGAAGGUCAAGUCACAGAGUAUCACAGAGUGCUUCAAUUGCUGAAGACAAAAGGCAAAAUGACAUGAUACAGGUCAAUUAUCAAAUCUUGCACGCAAGAGCCGAUGGGACCACCAUCCCCUGGAAUUUGAUGGUCAAUCAACUGACCAAUACUGCUCUUUGGGCAUAUCAGAAUUCUGAUCUACCGUCGAUGAGUCAUGAAGAUAUGCAUACAGCUUGUGAUGAGCUCAAAUCUUGCUUGACUUUAUGGGAAUGUGGAAAAGGUCAAGCACCAACUCAACAUCUUAAAUUGGCUUACACAAUGACCUAUGAUUAUGGUGAUCAACUGAGAAUGUCUCUACAUGGAACCUUCCCAAUUGUUGAUGAUGAGCAUCAGAUACCGACGUUCCUCCCUAAAGAGAUUUCAGCAAUAUACGAAUAUGUCUUCGGUACAGUCAAUACCUUGGAAAGUGUUGUGGAUGAAGAGGAUGAAGAGAGUGAAGGUGAUCAAGAGAAUGAAGCGGAUGUGUGGGAUGGGGGUCAAGUACAGGCUCACCCCCUAACACUAAACCCAGAGCAUCCAAUGCAACCUUAUGCGAUCAUGACCAUUGAAGACUACAAAAUUGAUCAAUACGAUCAGCAGGGCCCGGACCGCAUGCCCGUGACAUGGGAGGGUCCCAACGAGCAAACUUAUCAGCUUGACAGGAAUUAUGGGCAAGGUGGAGAAGGUUCAGAAGGGAGCGGAUCCAUGUCGUUCUCUUCAGAUGAGGGAGAUGGGCGUCAGACAGCUACAGAGAUGAGUGGAACGGAGGAUUAUGCUUGGUGCGGGACUGAAUACAUGUCAUAUUAUAAUAUGUCACGUCCAUUGGCUCUUGUCGGUAUUAGGAGAUCAGGGUCCACGGAGUUAUGGUUGGAGAGUCCCUGA